CAUCUGUGGUAUUGCUCUUGUGUUCUGCUCUGAGUUGCCGGGCCCUCCUGUGCCUGCCUCCAGCCUCCUCUUCCUCUCUCAUGGCAGAGGAACGGCAGCACCGCCUGCAUAGUCUUUCUGGUCUAGCAGUCAGCAAAGGUAUUAUAUUGGUCGCCAGAUGUUUGUGGUGGUCUCCACACCAGAGAUGAUCAAGCAAAUCUUAGUGACAGACUUCAGUAACUUCACCAACAGAACUAAGCCAAGCUUGAUUUCCAAGCCAAUGCUCGACAGCAUCCUUUGUCUUCGUGAUGACAGAUGGAAGUAUGUCCGGAGCCUCCUGACCCCAGCCUUCAACGAUACCAAACUGAAAGAGAUGACACCGCUAAUAAACCAGGCCUGUGACGUCCUGCUGUGUAACUUGAAAGUCCAUGCAGAUUCUGGCAAAGCUUUUGAUAUCCAGAGGUGUUACAACUGCUUUACCUUGGAUGUCGUUGGUAGCGUAGCUUUUGGUACUGAGGUGGAUUCUCAGAAGAAUCCUGACGACCCCUUUGUUAAGAAUUGCAGAACAUUCUUUGAAAUGUCUUUGUUUAGGCCUCUCCUCAUUCUAAUCCUUUCUUUCCCAUUCAUAAUGAUCCCAUUGCUCAGGAUUUUGCCAAACAAGAAACAAAAGGAACUGAAUGGAUUUUUUAUCCAAACCAUAAAAAAUGCAAUUGUCUUCAGAGACCAGCAAGAUGCAGCUGAGAGGCGCAGAGAUUUUCUUCAGUGGAUGCUCGACUCCCGCGGCUCCGCUGACACCCUGGCAGCCGGGUGUUUUGAUGCGAUCAGCCCAUCUGCCGCUUCCAGACAGAACGAGGAGCCUCUUGCUGGCAGGGGCCUGUCUGAAAACGUUCAGAAGACGUUAACGGAUGAUGAGAUAGCAGGCCAAGCUUUCCUGUUCCUGAUCGCCGGGUACCAGACCACCACUAGCACACUGUCCUUUGCCACAUACUUGCUAGCCACCAACCCGGAGUGCCAGGAGAAGGUGCUUCAGGAGGUUAAUGAGUUCUCAGCAAAACACAUGGUCCCUGAUUACCAAAAUGUACAAGAACUCCCUUACCUGGACAUGGUGAUUGCAGAGACAUUGCGCAUGUACCCACCUGCAUUUAGGUUCACUCGGGAAGCAGCUAAAGACUGCGUAGUGCUGGGGCAGCGUAUUCCAGCUGGGGCUGUCAUUGAAACUGCAGUUGGACAUCUCCACCACAACCCUGAGUUCUGGCCAGAGCCUGAAAAGUUCAUUCCUGAGAGGUUUACGGAGGAGGCCAAGAAGGAACGACAUCCCUUUGCAUACCUGCCCUUUGGGGCAGGACCCCGUGGCUGCAUUGGCAUGAAAAUGGGUUUGCUGGAGACAAAAAUUACUCUGCUGAGGAUUUUGCAAAAGUUUCAAUUUAAGACCUGCCCAGAAACUGAGAUUCCUUUGCAGCUGAAAUCAAAAGCCACACUUGGACCAAAAAAUGGAGUCUACAUUAUGCUGGAAUCUCGCUAAAAGAAAAUGUACAUCCUGAAGCCUCCUGGGAUGGGACCCCUUGUUCAGUGGCUCACUGGGUAUAAAUAUUUUCAAAACCCUGCAGACAGGUAGGAGCCUGUCGCACUGAUGGUCAAUAGGUGCUGCCUCACUGCCCUCCUGUGGGAGAGCCUCCAGUCACUUUUUAAAAUCAGAUGAGGGCUCCACAGUCUUUUUGGUGGUUUUCAAAUUGCCGUCAAUAGUAUCUGUAAAGAA